GUUGGCAGACGUUUGCUCGUCCUAUGUGUGACAGCAGAAAAAACACUAGUCUAGAACAAGAAAUUUUCUCUGGCAAAAUGUCAUUUUGAGGUGUAUGAUUUGCAGGACCAGCCCAGUGUACAGCUUGUGGAAAUUCAGCAAUGCAAGGCUUCGUACAUUAUUGAGCUGUUGGAUGUUGGUUGUGCUUAUGGAACUUGGCCUUACGUUUUGAAUCCACUGAAGGUGACAGAUGAAACCGUUGCAAUGAUUUCUGCUGCCAUCAUUAUUUUGUCGCAGUUCAUUUUAUCAUUAAGGGCUGAUAAACUGAUAACAGUCAUCUCGGAUGGCGAACCGGAUCAAUUCAUUCGCAGUCACCCAAUCGACCGCAUGCAACGGCUAUAUGGGAACGAAAACGAUCAAAACUUCGGACACGGCAACAUUACACAUGACAUGACCGCAUAUUCUCCGGCUAUCUCUGCUAUACUGUCAAUUAUUUUACCAUUAAUUGCGGUUGCAACGAUAGGAGGAAAUUUUCUUGUGAUUUUGGCAGUCACCUUGGUGAAAAAGUUGCAAACCCCAAGCAACAUUCUUAUUGUUAGCUUGGCGUUUAGCGAUUUCUUUGUCGGUUUACUGGUAUUACCCUUCGCCAUUCUUGAUCUCUUGAAAGGAUACUGGCCAUUUAAUGAACCGCUCUGUGAUAUGUACAUCUCAUUUGAUGUACUUUUGUGUACCGCGUCCAUUUUGAACCUGUGUGCAAUCUCUAUUGACCGAUACUUAGUGAUAACCAGACCACUGACCUAUGUGAGUAAAAGGACUCCGUGUCGGAUGGCACAGAUGAUUGCUGCCACAUGGAUUAUUUCAGCUCUCAUCUGCAUCCCACCAAAUAUUGGAUGGAAGUCCCCUUUCCAAGAAGGCAGAUGUGAAUACAGUGAGGACGUCGGCUAUCAGAUAUAUGCCACGUUUUGUGCAUUUUACCUUCCACUACUAGUCAUGCUUGUCUUGUAUGGGAAAAUUUUCAAACUAGCCAGAGAAAUGUCUCGUAACGAGCAACGGCAGAUGAUGCCUUACACGCAAAAUAAUCUACAGCACCAAACAUCGCAGACAGCGGUUGACCCGAAUGAUUUGAAUUCACGGACCUGUUUGCCUAGGCAAGUCGAAUCUUCUUCAGAAAAAUGCGAUAACGAUGCAUUUGUGAAUAGUGUUACUAGUGGAAGUAAUCCGGGACCGGUUGAUACAACAGGCCUACGUCCACUGACAAAUGGCAAGUCAGAGGAGGAUAGAAUUCGACGUCAAACGGCAAACACAGUGACCUUUUCUGAGGAUGAAUCUCAUACAAGAGCGUCAUUCUGGAAAUCACCUUCCAACCCGGAUUUGGUUCGGAGAAGAUCCAAGAACAGCUCGGAAACCAAGGUUAUUAAGACACUAGGAAUUAUAAUGGGAUGCUUUUGUCUCUGUUGGCUGCCAUUUUUCAUGGUUCAGCUCUUACUUGCUCUUCUGAAAGCAGGUAAAAUGAAAACAGAUGGGCUUGUCCCAAAAGCCUGCUUCCAAUUUCUUCAAUGGCUGGGUUAUAUCAACAGUUCUCUGAACCCACUGAUCUACGCGAAAUUUAACCAAGAAUUCCGUUUGCCGUUCAAAUUAAUUUUGCUGUGUCACUGUCGAAACAUCAAUGCCCGGUUGCGCUCAGCUGCAUUUAGUGCUCAAUAUGGUCUCUCGUCGUCUGGAAGUCGUCGAUCAAAUUCCGUCCACCUUUCUGUAUCUACACGCGGAGAUCGCAGUUCUCGAAUUGAUUCGGGUAGACGCCGACCUCCUUCCCAGUCGCACGUAGUAAAUUCUGGUGUUUCGGCCUUCGAUCAUUGAGCACAAAAUCCGAAAUUAAAUCGCAAAGUACUGAAAUCUUUGUCAAGAUGCUAUUAGAUUGACGUUCUACUUUAUCUGUGUACAGAGCUGUCCAACAAACAAGCCAUUUUCUCUAUUAAAAAAGAGUUUAGUUCACAUGUUUGAUUUUGUCAUCAUACUUUGUUAGCAAAAGAAAAGAUUCAGAAGUUUGUCAUGACAUAUCCACUUAAACGGUUGCAAAAACCAUGUGGGUUCUGUGUUAAAUGAUAAUCAGGAACCCAAGCUUUGCCCUGAUUUAUGUUUAUUAAAACAGAAAUUAUGGUAAAAUAGAA